UACUUUGACUGACCAAGGUGCCAGCAUUAGUCAGCAACUGUUCGCAAAGCAGUACAAAAAAUAAGUCUAAAGAUUCUUAGGAAAUUAUAAAACUAUCAAAAUGAACAAGAUCGUUUUCUUGGCCCUUGUCAGUGUUGCGAGUGCUGGAAUUGCCCCCAACGGUGGUCACGCAUACGCAACUUCCCAAUUGCACCACAGCGCACCAGUCGCCACUUAUGCGCACGCUGCCCCAUUGGCUGUUGCCCACGCUGCGCCAGUCGCCACCUACGCCCACGCUGCUCCAGUCGCCACCUACGCCCACGCUGCUCCAGUCGCUGUUGCCCACGCUGCCCCAGUUGCCCACUAUGCCCCAGCCCCAGUCGCUGUCGCCAAGGCCGUUGCCGUCCGAGCUGAGCCAUUCGACCCCCACCCACAAUACAACUACGGAUACUCCGUUUCCGACGGUUUGACCGGUGACCACCACUCUGCCCAAGAAUCCCGAGACGGAGACCUCGUCCAAGGACAAUACUCCCUCGUUGAGCCCGAUGGUGCCAUCCGAACCGUCACCUACACCGCCGAUGGAGUCAACGGAUUCAACGCCGUCGUCAACCGACAAGCCCCACAAGUCGCUGUCGCCAAGGCUGUCGUUGCUGCCCCAGUUGCCCACCACGUUGCCCCAGUCGCCACUUACGCCCACGCUCCAGUCGCCCACGCCGUUGCGCACCACGCCGUCGCCGCCCCCGUCGCCUACGGUGGAAUCGCACACCACGCUGGUGUCUACCAUCAUUAAAACUAUUUUUAAUUAGCUAUUUUCUAUUCUAUUCUAAAAUCCAAUUCGUGAGGUCUGUAUCUGUAUCAUCUCUUCUUGAAUUGAGUGCAAUAUGUGAAGACAAAAGUAUUAUUUAUUUAUUUAUCCUUCUCCUCAGAAAAAUAAAAUCACACGUUUUGAAACUGUUUAAUA